UCCAGCUCCCCACCCCUGCAAACAUCUGGAGUUGAGCACACCAGGACCCACAGUUCAGACCGUAGUAUAACUGCAAGGCAAGGAGGCUGUAUUCAUUCUCAGUAUCUUUCCUACGUUUAGAAAAAAAUGUGAGAAAUAGUUCAGUUGCAGGACUGCAGUUACCAGGCAUAGAGAAAGAAGCUAUUCAUUAGAAGAUUGUGCCUUUAUGUUUCAUGAAGUUUUCUAUAGGCCUAAGAGCAAAGGAACAAAACUGGGUGGAUGAGAAAGAGUGCUUUGUACCUGUCAUAACGUUUUAGCAGUCUCAGUUUGCCUUCCUGUCCUGACCAGCUGUAUUUUUAGGUUUCAGCUCAAUGACUUCCAAAAAAGUGAAGAACAGGGGUGGCAAAUCCCUAAAGGAGGUACAGACAGUGACUGAGGGGUUGAAGAUGCUCUAUCGACAGAAGCUGCUUCCUCUGGAGAAGUACUACAGCUUCUCUGACUUCCACUCUCCAAGCCUGGAGGACGCAGACUUUGACAACAAACCCAUGAUCCUAGUGGUGGGUCAAUACUCAACAGGAAAGACAACCUUCAUUAGAUAUCUUCUUGAACAGGACUAUCCAGGAGGCAGGACUGGUCCAGAACCCACAACUGACUGUUUCACUGCCAUAAUGCAUGGGGACAUUAGGGGGGUCAUCCCAGGCAAUGCACUCGUCGUAGACCCCAACAAACCCUUCCGCAAACUCAGCCCCUUUGGAAACAUCUUCAUGAACCGGUUCCAGUGUGUGCACUUUCCAAGCCAGGUCCUGGAGAGCAUCAGCAUCAUUGACACGCCAGGAAUUUUAUCCAGCUCUGAGAAAAGGAUAAGCAGAGGAUAUGACUUCCCAGCGGUUCUUCGCUGGUUUGCGGAGCAUGUGGACCGCAUCAUCCUCCUGUGUGACGCCCAUAAGCUGGAGCUGUCUGAUGAGUUCUCCCGCACCAUCACAGCCCUGCGGGGCAAUGAGGACAAGCUGAGGGUGGUACUGAACAAGGCAGACAUGGUGGACUCUCAGCAGCUGAUGAGGGUGUAUGGUGCCCUCAUGUGGUCGCUGGGCAAAGUGUUCCACACCCCAGAGGUCCCGAGGGUCUACAUCGGCUCCUUCUGGUCCGCUCCUCUGAGGAAGACAGACAACCGCAGGCUGUUUCAGCAGGAGGAAGAAGACCUGUUUGCAGAUAUCCAAAACCUGCCUCGCAACUCCGCCCUGAGAAAGCUUAAUGACCUGGUAAAGAGGGCUCGCCUUGUGAGGGCUCAUGCUCACAUCAUCAGCUCCCUGAAGGAAGAGAUGCCACUUAUCUUCCGCCGAGACAACAAAAAGAGGGACCUAAUAUACGACCUUCCAGUCAUUUUCUCCAGGAUCCAAAUGCAGCAUCAGAUCUCACCUGGAGACUUUCCUGACUGUGCAAAGAUGCAGGAGCGACUCAUGAAUCGUGACUUCACCAAAUUUAAAGUUCUAAAGCCUAAACUCAUGGCUAAUCUGGAUGAGCUCUUGACCACCGACAUUGCCAAGCUGAUGCCUCUCCUGCGGCAGGAGGAGAUAGAGGCAGCUGACCAACCUGGAGUUCAAGGCGGUGUCUUUCUAGGGAUGGACAGAGGACCAUUUUUUGAAGGAAACCCUUUCUAUUAUACAGGGCCCAGUGGACAAUGUGACGAGAUAUCUGGAGAAAGCUGGGUGGUCUCAAAAGAUAAGCCUAAAUAUGAUGAGAUCUUCUACAACCUUUCUCCUCAUGAGGGCAAGCUGAGUGGGACCAAGGUGAAGGACUGGAUGGUCAGAACCCAGUUGCCCAGCUCGGUCCUGGGCAGAAUUUGGAAGCUCUCGGAUGUGGACUGUGACGGUAUGCUGGACGAUGAGGAGUUUGCCUUGGCCAGCCAUCUGAUUGAGGUGAAGCUGGAGGGCUUCGGGCUUCCACCAAAGCUCCCUUCCCACCUGGUGCCUCCGUCCAAAAGAAGACGCAAAGCCUCAAACAUAGAAAACAAGAGGACUGUGAGAAUGCAUAGAGACUUAUCUGUAAACGUAUAAGAGUCAAAGCGGAUGAACAGUGGCUGAGAUGAGAGAAAACAUCUCACACAUUUAUGGCCUCAAGAAUGCAUUUAAAGUAAACAUUCAGACAUGUCAAAAUGAAAGUGCACAGAAAAUAUUACAGAUGUUUGUAUACACUCCAACAGCACCACAACAAUACCAUUAUCUAUAAAAUAUUAAGUAAAAAGUCAACACAGAGUAUAUAUAUUUACAUUUUAAAACUUUUGCCCAAAUUCUAAUUUGAUCUUAUGAUCUCAUCUAGCCAAAGCACAGGAGCCAAAGACAGUUCUAAUUGCAAGAUGGUGCACAUCAGAAUAGCUUAUGAAACAUUAUUAUGAAAGAAAAAUGCGUUCUGCGUGUUUAUGUUUAUCGACCUUCAGAUCUAUUAUCUACAUUCGAAAAUAACUGAGAAUUUAGACUGUCGU